CCUCGUCCCCCCGCCCCCGCCGCCUCUCGGCCGCGCGGCUUCGACGCGGAGCGAUCGCCGGGCUCCUGCGGGGCUGCCUGUCUCCCCUGCUGCUCGGCGAGGGCGGAGACCACUUUUCACGUGUCCCGCCCGCGCGUCCCCACGACCGGCCCUCCCCCUCUUCCCCCCUGGGUCGCGGAAGGGGCUCCAGAACCGCGUUCUCCCCGCGGGGUUCCAGCCACUGCCCCGCGGCUCGGCAGUGCCAGCAUGUUCGCCCGUGCGCCCCUAUUGCUGAUCGCCCUCUGCCUGGCAGCGCAUCCCGUCCACGGGGGUGGGAAGAAAUUUUAUCAUGGAGUCUGUGGAGGUCGUGAUUGUACAGGCGGCUGCAAGUGCUUCCCCGAGAAAGGGGCUCGGGGUCAACCAGGGCCAAUCGGGAACCAAGGAUCAAUGGGCAUUGAAGGCUUUACUGGACCGGAGGGAGUGAGAGGACUGAAAGGAGAGAGGGGUGUAUCAGGACCACCAGGUGCAGCUGGAAUGAAGGGAGACAAGGGUCCAGUGGGUGUUCCUGGAUUCCCUGGAAUUUAUGGAGUUCCGGGACACCCCGGUCAGCCAGGAUCCAGAGGUCUUCCUGGUUUAGACGGCUGUAAUGGUACCAUUGGAAGUCCUGGCUCCUCUGGAUCAGACGGAUUCCCUGGUCCCCAAGGACCACCGGGUCAGCCUGGUCCUAAAGGCCCCAAAGGUGAACCUGUUUAUGCCCCAGGGAUUUUUAAAGGAGUGAAGGGAGAACGUGGUCUUCCUGGACUGGAUGGUCCUAUUGGACCUAAAGGUUUUCCAGGUCGAUCAGGCCCUGCUGGUCCCAUCGGGCUACCUGGAUUUCCGGGACCCCCAGGUUUCCCAGGGCUCCCAGGAUCUGUGGGCAGUAGCGGUCUAGUUAUCCAUGGAGAAACAGGAGAAAAAGGAGAUGUGGGGCUGCCAGGACCAGCAGGGCCUCCGUCUUCCACAGGGACAGAAGAAUACGUUGGAUUGACCAAAGGACAGCGAGGAGCAAAGGGAGUUCCUGGGGCCAAAGGAAUUCCAGGCCCACCAGGAGUUCCUGGACGUCCGGGUUUCUGGAGCUUUGGAGAAAAGGGAGAAAAAGGCGUCCCCGGUUUACCAGGACCCAGGGGAGACAUGGGACAGAGGGGACCUGAUGGAAACAUAGGCAGAAAGGGAGUUGUGGGCGAAUCAGGAUAUCCUGGUUGGGAUGGCUCUCCAGGCGGAAAGGGUGAAUUUGGCGAUAUGGGUCCACCAGGCCCUCCAAUAAUUGUUGACAGAAAUGGUGAUGUCAUAUCAGGUCCCCCCGGAGACCCCGGCACACCAGGAAGCCCUGGACCUAGAGGAGAUGAGGGGAAUAUCGGUCUGCCAGGAUUUACUGGGCAAGCAGGACGUCCUCCAACCUUUCCAGGUCCCCCAGGUCCAACAGGAGUCCCAGGGAUCUCGGGAUUUAAAGGUGAACCAGGAGACCCAGGAAGGACUACAGUUGGAUCUCCAGGCCUACCUGGGAAAGAUGGAGAUCCAGGGUUACCUGGAGCUCCAGGGUUACCAGGUGCUUCACAAACGAUAGUCACACCAGGUGCAAUUUUUAGUGGAGAACCUGGGGAGCCAGGUAUCCCUGGACCAAGGGGACCACCAGGAAUCUUUGGCUUAAGAGGCUAUAAAGGGGACGGUGGUGAUUGUGCCUGUGAUGGAGGAAUCACAAGAAUUGGCUUGCCAGGAGAGUCAGGCAGCCCUGGUCAACCUGGCAGACAAGGUGAUAUUGGGCCGAAAGGAGCCUUGGGGGAUCCAGGAGAUGGUAUACUAGGUGCCCCUGGACCACCAGGUUUCCUAGGUCAACCUGGUCUCCCAGGCUUUAAAGGACAAAAAGGUGAACCAUCUUCAGCCUCAGGCAGAGGGCCACGAGGGGAUCAAGGGAAUAUUGGACUCAGGGGUCCUUCUGGGCAGCCUGGAACUCCUGGUAGGGAUGGCGUGAGAGGUGUCCCUGGUCAACGUGGUCUUCAGGGUGAUGAUGGAUUUGGCUUCCCAGGGGAUAAAGGUUUCCCUGGAUUACCUGGCCAAAAAGGGAAGUAUGGUGAAGUUGGCCUACCUGGCAUUGGUUUUCCGGGGCCAAGUGGACCUUUUGGAUCUACAGGUGAUCCAGGGAUCAGUGGCAUUCCAGGACAACCUGGACCUCCAGGGCCACCAGGUGAAGCUUUGCCCUGCAUAAUCCCUGGAAUCACUGGUCCACCUGGACCUCCGGGACCUUCAGGGUUUCCAGGUUCCAAGGGUAGCAAAGGAUAUCCUGGUUUUCCAGGGCAGCCAGGUUUCAAUGGCUUAAAAGGAGAACCGGGCAUACCUGGGGUGGCUCGAUUCCCAGGAAUGCCAGGGUUUCCUGGCCCUCCUGGAGAUCCCGGUUCAAAAGGACGACAAGGAGUUGAUGGGGGGGAUGGGGUGCCUGGUCCAGAAGGCUGUCCUGGUUUGGUUGGCCCAAAUGGAUCGCCUGGUGAUGUGGUUGGAGCUGAACCAGGGUCCCGAGGAGAACCUGGCUUGCCUGGCUUACCAGGAGAUAAUGGCAUUCCUGGAGAUUUUGGCUUUCCUGGAACACCAGGUUUGGAAGGAAAGCCUGGCCUGUCAGGUAGAAAAGGGGGACGUGGGGAGCCGGGUCUUCCAGGCUUCGAUGGACUGCAAGGACCACCAGGACCAGGAGGUCCGUUUGGCAUCAAAGGAAAACCAGGUCCUGUGGGAACCAUCGGCCUUCCAGGAUCACAAGGCUGCCAAGGACUUCCCGGAACCAAAGGACCAAGAGGAGAUGCUGGGUCACCAAGUCCCGCCGGCAUGAAAGGGUCCCCAGGUCUUGAGGGCCUGCCAGGACAGCCAGGAGAACGAGGAUUGCCUGGACCGCCAGGCCUCUGGGGCCCAGAUGGGUCUUCAGGUUUCCCAGGCUCAAAAGGUGAAAAGGGCUCGGUGGGUAUGACUGGUUUUCCUGGGAUGCCGGGGCCAACUGGGGUCCCUGGCCUGGAUGGCCUGAAAGGAACGUCGGGUGCACCAGGAAGAAAUGGAAACCCUGGAUUGUCUGGCUCACCUGGCCUCAAAGGUGAUAGAGGUGUCCGUGGUCCUCCUGGACCUCCCAUUUUCAGACCCCCAGAUCUGGCCCUCAGAUUCAAAGGGGACAGAGGAGAUCCUGGAUUGGAGGGACAAAGAGGAUUUCCAGGACUAAGAGGUGAUAAAGGAGCCCCAGGUGUCCGAGGGCAGCCUGGGCUUCCAGGGAGAGCUGGAUCCCCAUCUAGAGAGAAAGGACUGCCAGGAGACCCAGGUUUUCGAGGAACGUUUGGUUCUCCUGGGUUUUUGGGACAAAAGGGAUCUGGUGGUAUCUCAGGGUUUCCUGGAAUGCCUGGGGGACGUGGUGCUGAAGGUAUUCCAGGCUCCCCUGGCUCUCCAGGGGUUACCGGAUUGCGUGGUCCAAAGGGUGAUCGAGGGGAAUCACGAGGAAUCCCAGGUGGUGUGGGGCCUAAGGGCCAACGAGGGGACCAAGGGCUUCCAGGUGUAACAGGUGUCCAAGGAACAAAAGGUGACCCAGGAUAUUCAGGAGGUCCUGGACUAAAUGGACAGAAGGGGUCACCAGGUAACCGUGGACAAGAAGGACCACAAGGCUUCCCUGGAUCUGCUGGUUCGAGGGGAAACCCAGGUUUUCCAGGUAAUCCUGGGCAACGUGGACCUCCAGGAUUUCCUGGAAAUCCUGGCACUGCAGGACCAAAAGGAUUCCCAGGAUUCCCAGGACUGACUGGCCUAAAUGGCUUACCAGGCAACAAAGGCUCUCCCGGAAAACAAGGCCUGAGUGAAAAUGGACUACCUGGAUCGGCGGGAGCUCCAGGUGUCAAAGGUCAGCGAGGUGAUCCCGGUUUCCAGGUUGGAGCUCCUGGUCCUCAUGGACCAAAAGGACCUGCAGGAGAAAUGGGUCUUCCUGGGAGCCCAGGUUUCACUGGGGGGCGAGGUCCCCCUGGCAUCUCUGUGCCUUCCAAGGUCCCUGGGAAGCCUGGUGAUACGGGACGUCCUGGAGAAGAUGGGCUGCCAGGCUUCCGAGGACCUUCUGGGCCACCAGGACCACCGGGCCCAGCCUUCAAUCAAGGUGAUCGAGGUAAUCCAGGCCCCAUCGGUCCCUCGGGCUUCCCAGGUCCCAAAGGCAACGCAGGCAUUCCUGGACUUAGUGGAGAAUUUGGUGCAUCAGGUUUCAAAGGAUUCAGGGGGGACCCAGGUUUCAUGGGCAUGCCUGGGAAAGAUGGACCACAGGGUGAUCCAGGUUUCCCUGGGCCAAAAGGCAAAGCAGGUCCUCCAGGUUUUCCUGGGCUACAAGGCGCUCCGGGCCUAACCCAACCACCAAAAGAUAUCAGAGCUCCUCCUGGCAUAAUCGGAUUGCCUGGAAAGAAUGGCAACCCUGGUUUAAAUGGAGAUCCUGGCUUCCAGGGGCAAAGAGGACCACAAGGUCCAAAAGGAAAAGCAGGCAUACCUGGCCAGGCGGGAAAUAAUGGCUUACCAGGUCCUUCUGGUGUGGUAGGAGAUCCAGGUUCUCCAGGAACUCCAGGACUACCAGGAUUUGAAGGACGUCCUGGGAAUCCAGGUCUGGCUGGGCUGCCUGGGAUGCCAGGUCGUAGCAUUGGGGUUGGCUAUACUUUGGUGAAGCAUAGCCAGUCGGAUCAGAUCCCGCCCUGUCCAGUGGGCAUGAACAAACUCUGGGAAGGCUACAGUUUGCUGUACGUGGAGGGCCAGGAGAAGUCCCACAAUCAAGAUCUGGGUUUUGCUGGCUCCUGCCUGGCUCGCUUCAGCACCAUGCCUUUUAUUUAUUGCAACAUCAACGAAGUGUGCUACUACGCCAGCCGCAACGAUAAAUCCUAUUGGCUUUCCACCACUGCUCCGAUACCUAUGAUGCCCGUCAGCAGCUACCAAAUCGCCCAGUACAUCAGUCGCUGCUCGGUGUGCGAAGCACCAUCUCAAGCUGUGGCUGUCCACAGCCAGGACAUCACUAUCCCACAAUGUCCCGAAGGCUGGAGGAGUCUCUGGAUUGGCUACUCCUUCCUCAUGCACACGGCUCCGGAAGGCGGUGGCCAGUCCUUGGUCUCUCCUGGAUCCUGCCUGGAGGACUUCCGUGCCACACCUUUCAUUGAGUGCAACGGUGCCCGAGGAACGUGCCACUACUUUUCCAACAAGUACAGCUUUUGGCUGACCACGGUGGAGGCGACCAAUCAGUUUGCUGACUCUCCCGUUUCGGAAACACUGAAAGCGGGUCAGCUCCGGACACGGGUGGGACGGUGCCAAGUCUGCAUGAAAAAUUUGUAGCCAAGGCCUGGACGUCAGACCUUAUUCCUCUUAAGACCAAGAAAUUAGUAUUUGUGUCCCAGCUGGGCAAUUGACAUCUUCCCAAAUCUCCCCACAUACAGAUUUCCUCCUCUAACCAUCAAAAUAUGGUGCUAUCUUUCCCCCUUGUUUUUAAUCUUCCUGGCUACCUCAAAGUCCUUUUCUGCCUUCCCAACCACCACAUUCUUUUGGCUUUGAUGAACUAAACUGAUUUUCACAAGACACAUACAGAUUUCUUCUCAAGAUUAUGAUUGUAAGGUCUUCCCGUGUUUAGGGUUUAAGAUGUCAGGAAUUUCACCAAUGUUUUUUCCUGCAUGCACACACUCCUCCUCUAACCAUGUUCCUCAUUCAUAUUCAUCUUAAGUUAGCUGCUUAUUUUUAGGCCUAAAAAACAUAGUUAGCUGUCUAAAAGUGUAUCUGUUCUUCGAUCCGUGGUAUGAUCAGAUUUGAAGGUUCCGGUUUGUGAAAUAGUUAGCUGCAUUGAUCAAUGCCUGCCUGGCAAUCUAUUAAACAGCGAAGUGACAAUAAAAUAAACUUGUUAGGAGAGGAAAAUAUUGGGAUUUUAGGCCUAUUAGGAGGAUGAUAAUGUGCAUCUUUUGAAGAUUUUUUUAUGGUGAUGAUGCAAUUUGAUUUCACCUGCUUGAUUAUUCAGCCCAAGAAUGCUAAUCUAACAUUGUUGCUACUCUGCGUAAUGUUUUCCUACGAAUGUUUCAGAACCUCUCUGCUUAUUUGUUAAUGUGCCACAAGUAGCAUUCUUCGUGGCAUCCAAUGGUGCUAGUCAGAAGCCCUCUUGAACAUGGCAAAUCAUGGCUCAGAUGCCAAAGUAUAACUUGAAUUUAUCUGAUGAGGCCGCUCCUUCCUUUCUGUGCUGGGACAUGUGAAUGCUUUCUGGGCUCAUGAAUCCGUGUUUCAUGUUGCAUCCAGACUGAGAAACUGUAGGUGGGCAGCAAACCAACUUGAAGUAAUGGUUGCGAAUUGUUAAUGUGUUCCACUCUUGAUAACAAUCAUCCCUCGGCUUGGUCAUAACUAUGGUUAAUUAACCAACAGAAGAAUUCUUCAGAUCGGGUGAAGUAAGAAGGAAGGGGAAUGGCAGAGAUCCAGCACGUAGGAUCACUCAAAGAAGUUAGAUGCAGAAUUCACCCUGGUGGACUAGGAAGCAACUGAACAUAUUAAGAUGAUUUACCAAAGGAAACUUUUAUUAAAAACUGCUUAGUAGAAAGGUUGAAGGGUACCUCCUGGACUACAAUUCUGUUGGCUAAGAAUACUGAAAGUAGGAAAGUCUUAGUUUACAUCUCUUAAGUUAUCCUGGAAUUCUAGCCAGGAAGGAGUGGAUUAGUAAAUUGGCAUGUUUUCUAACAUCUCUCAGAUCUUAACUCUGUGAUGCUUCUUUGUCCAUAACUGCAUGGCCGAGCUGUGGUCUACUAACUCUGUCUUUGCUCACCUCCUUGAGUAAUGUCCGCCCUGCUUAACCCUCCCUUGGUUCUACAUUAUAAUUAUCUGUUUGGUCUUUUUUUUUUCUACAAGCUGUUUUACAGCCUUAGCCGAUCUGUUUCCACCUGGAGAAUGGGUCAACACAAUUACCUUGAAGACUAGCUUAAUUCUUUAAUAGCCUACUGAUAUUCGUGUUAUACAAAUGUUCUUGGACUUUAUACAGCCUUAAGAUGUUGAUCCAUGAAUAAUCCACUAUUACAGAUGUUGGCAUAGGUCAUAGGACCUUUAUGUUUAUAUAGCAGACAUAUUACUCCAUUUGCAAUAGCUGUACAAGCUAGAGCAAGUUACUAAUCUUUAACUAAAAGAGUUUCAAAGAUCAUUACUUCAACUCUCUGCGCUCUAGUUGUACAUGGAGAGGAGAAAAGUCACCUGCUGAUUAUUCAGUUGCAUGUCCUGGAUUUCAUUUCCACAAUAUUUUUUUUGGAGGUAGCUUUGGAAUUGCUGGUGCUUGAAAUAAUUAAUGUAGUAUUAAAUAGGUUACUUUUAUGUAAAUGUAACACUGAGUAGAAGUUGGAUGAACUGACUCAUCUGCCAAUAUUAUGGUUUUCUUGAUUUUAUUUUUACUAGUCUUGCAUUUUGUAAUGCACUGCUGAAAGUAUCUUCAGAGCACUGAUUAUAUUUUGACUCUUUAUUUUUUUUCCUAAAAAGUAGUAAAACAGCACAUCUGUUUUGUGAGUUAUAUUACAUUGCCUCCUUACAAUAAGCUUGGUAACUCUCUCCAGGCACGUUAUUCAACUUGUAUAAAUUGUCAAGUGGAUUUAUACUAAGCUUUGG